CUUCCUUUUGCAGAUACAGUCAACUCUCCCGCAGAACUACAGAGCCCAAACCUUGUUACUCGGCUUUAUGUGGAAUACGGGCCCCAGAAAAGGACGUGUGAAUGCAGCAGGCUUUUCCACCUCAGGCAACAUCAUAUGACACCAACUGGAUGGUAAAAAUCAAUCGAUCAAAAUAAUCAAAGAACCAGGACAAGAAAAGAGCCAAAGCUGGUGACAUUGGACAGAUCUACCUUUGAGAAGUGCCUGUACAGUUCUGAACAUUUCGAAGCACUUUGCUAACAGGCCAACUUCAUCACCUCUUGUGAGGCAGCGUUGCCAGUUGCCAUGGGGGAUUCUGCCAUGGACUCCACUCUCCCCACUCCUGAGAGCGCUGUCCCGGAGGGCGCACUCUUCAGCAUGACCGAUGUGUUUCUCUUCUCACUCAUCGUUGGCCUCCUUUCUUAUUGGUUCCUCUUCCGCAAGAAAAAGGAAGAAAUCCCUGAAUUCACCAAAAUCCAGCCAGUAACAUCCUUGGUGAGGGAGACCAGCUUCGUUGAGAAGAUGAAGAAAACGGGGCGAAACAUCGUGGUGUUUUAUGGUUCCCAGACUGGUACAGCAGAGGAGUUUUCCAACCGCCUUUCCAAAGAUGCCCAUCGGUACGGCAUGCGAGGCAUGUCAGCGGACCCUGAGGAGUACGAUAUGUCUGAUCUGAGCCGCCUCUCUGAGAUUGACAAUUCCUUGGCUGUGUUCUGCAUGGCUACGUACGGAGAGGGUGAUCCCACAGACAAUGCUCAGGAUUUCUAUGACUGGCUGCAGGAGACUGAUACUGACCUGACUGGUCUCAAAUUUGCAGUGUUUGGGCUGGGCAACAAGACUUACGAGCACUUCAAUGCGAUGGGGAAAUACGUGGACAAGAGGCUGGAGCAGCUUGGAGCCCAGCGGAUAUUUGAGCUCGGCAUGGGAGAUGAUGAUGGGAACCUGGAAGAAGACUUCAUCACUUGGCGUGAGCAGUUCUGGCCGGCAGUGUGCGAGCACUUUGGCGUGGAAGCUACCGGAGAGGAGUCCAGCAUCCGUCAGUAUGAGCUGGUGGUCCACACAGACAUCAAUAUGAACAAGGUCUACACUGGCGAGAUGGGCCGGCUGAAGAGCUACGAAAGCCAGAAACCCCCGUUCGAUGCAAAGAACCCUUUCCUGGCACCUGUUACCCUGAACCGAAAGCUGAACCAGGGCGGAGAGAGGCACCUCAUGCACUUGGAAUUGGACAUCUCUGGCUCCAAAAUCAGGUAUGAGUCUGGGGACCAUGUUGCUGUGUACCCAGCUAACGACACAUCACUAGUGAACCAGAUCGGCGAGAUUCUGGGCGCAGAUCUGGAUAUGAUCAUGUCCUUAAACAACCUGGAUGAGGAAUCCAAUAAGAAGCAUCCGUUCCCCUGCCCCACCACGUACCGGACAGCCCUGACCUAUUAUCUGGACAUCACCAACCCACCGCGCACCAACGUCCUGUACGAGCUGGCUCAGUAUGCCACAGACCCCAACGAGCAGGAACACCUCCGCAAGAUGGCGUCUUCUGCUGCUGAGGGCAAGACGCUGUACCUCAGCUGGGUUGUGGAGGCCAGAAGGAACAUACUAGCCAUCCUGCAGGAUGUAUCUUCUCUCCGACCUCCCAUCGACCACCUCUGUGAGCUGCUGCCCCGCCUGCAGGCCCGUUACUAUUCGAUUGCCUCCUCUUCCAAGGUUCACCCUCACUCCAUCCACAUCUGUGCUGUGGUUGUGGAAUACGAGACCAAGUUAGGCAGGGUGAACAAAGGAGUGGCCACUACCUGGCUGAAGAACAAGGUGCCCAAUGAAAACGGGCACAAGUUGACGGUGCCCAUGUACGUCAGGAAGUCACAGUUCCGGUUGCCUUUCAAAUCCAGCACGCCCAUCAUCAUGAUCGGGCCCGGGACUGGGAUCGCCCCGUUCGUUGGCUUCGUUCAAGAGCGGGCCUGGCUGAAGCAGCAAGGGAAGGACGUUGGCGAGACGGUGAUGUACUAUGGCUGUCGCCAUGAGAACGAGGACUACCUGUACCGAGAGGAGCUUGCCCAGUUCCACAAGGAGGGGGCCCUCACCCAGCUCAACGUCGCCUUCUCCCGGGACCAAGCCCAGAAGGUCUACGUUCAGCACUUGCUGAAGAAGAACAAAGCGGGGGUCUGGAAGCUCAUCCACGAGGGGAACGCUCACAUCUAUGUGUGCGGCGAUGCUCGCAACAUGGCGCGGGACGUGCAGAACGCCUUCUACGAAAUCGUGGCCGAGUUCGGCAGCAUGACCCAGCCCCAGGCUGUGGACUAUGUAAAGAAACUGAUGACCAAGGGCCGCUACUCCCUGGAUGUCUGGAGCUAAGCCGGGCUCAGAGGCUGGAAAGAGGAAGGAUUCCCAGACGGCUGCUGGACGGGAGACGAAUGGCCCCUGCCUUAGCCAUUCCAAGAACGUGCCAUGAAACUAAACUAAACCUUAGAUCCCCUUACCUGGUAGUCGCCCUUCUAUACCCACCUCCCCUUCCGCUAGACAGCUCUUGAGAGCCCUGCGAAGGGCGGGGCAGGAACUGUUGGAACCCCCCUGGGUUUUUUGGAGGGAGACGCAUCUCCACUGAGAUGGACGGGCUCGCCCCAGGAAUCAACAGAAGCCAGGGCUUGAUAAACUGCUCCUUGGUUCCCCUCUCCUGCGGCGCAGGGCAAGGCCAGUUAACUGGCAGGGCUGCCCGCUCUGCUUUGCCGUCUGUGCAGCGAACCAUCUGCAGGACGCUCACUCCCUUCUCUCUCCGGAGCCGCUUUGUGCUCCUGUGGAAACUGUGACAUGGGGGCGAGGGGCUGCCCUUCCUGUACCCGGCCCCUGGCUUCCAGCCUACCCCCUCUGGGCCCAGUCGCAUAGACCCCAAUGCCCCCUUCUCUCCCAGGGAGCUGCCUUGGUUUUUAACCCGUUCUUUGGGGACAAUCUGGUGCAAGCAGAGGUAUGCCCCCUGGCUGCUGCACGUGGGGAGCCCAGUGCUGAGGGCAGCGAAUUGGAGAGAGGGCCUAGCUCCCUCGCAGGGCAUCAGAAGGUCUCCACUGGCAGAGGCCAGGAUGCUGAGUCUGUGUCUCCCUUGCCCCACGAGACUUCCAGCACUCGCUGCUUGCUGUGAUGGGGCAGCCUGGGGCCUUGCCCACCUUUGAAAUUCUCCUGUGGUCUGAAACCAGCCCUGGCUAGCUGAGAGCCUGCGCUGCCUACCCUGGCCUCAGUGUGUACUGGGCGCCACCCAGGCCAAGCCCCUGCUGGUGUAAACUCCUGCCCAGCCUGUGCUUGGAGGCCUCUCUGGUCCGACUAGAGACCCGUUAGCGCCUAGGGAGAGCUGUGCCAGUCCGGCUCUGCUGCGAGGCUUGCCCCAGCCCUGGCCUCGGCUCGGUCCCACAGGCCCUAGCAGUAAGUUGGCUGGUGGGGGUGGGGAGCUGGAGCCAGGGCUGCCUCCCAGUGGCUUAAUGCUCAAGUCUCAGCAAAUUGGGGACUUGCUUUGUAAGGUCCCAGCCCAAUGACAGAAAAUCCCUCUGGAAGCCUGGGCCCUGGAAGGGGGAGGAUGGCUCCCUCCUGAGCAGUCACUAACCUCCCUGGCCUGGGGUUUGUCUUUGGGGAACCACUGCUGCGAUGCUACCAGGUCAGGGACUUAACGGCAGCGCUUGCCUCCACUGAACCUUGUUUCCUUAGUCAGAGGGGACAGGAGAUAGCCAACGCCGCCUCCCUGUGAAAAGGGGGAGUAAUUCCAGCUACUGGCCUGCAGGGGGUACUCAUGUGCAGCUGUAGUCAGCCUAGGGGAGCAGGGAGGAGAACUGGGUCCCCCCUGCUUAGUUACAUGAACUGAACCCCCCUUUGCAGCUUCUCCAGGCCUAGUUUUGGUAUCUGUGUUUUGUGUUCACCCCUGCUUGAGAUCUGCUCAUGGAAAAGCUCUCUCAGCCUGUCCCAUGAAUGUAAAUACUUUAAAUAUACUGUCCCCUUGGAAUAAAACAGGGUCUUUAUUU